AUGACGUGGAUAAACUCGACAGUCGCCGCAUACCUCGUCAAGAAACAUCUCGAACUCGAAACCGUGCCAUCAGAAUGGGGUCCCGGUGGUGCAGGAGCAGCCGGUCAACCACGGUCAUGGAUGUACUAUGUUGGAGGGGUCAUCAUCUUUGGUUCAUCCCGCGGAAUCCACCUUGCGACAAAUCGCGCGCGCCAUUUAUAUCGAUCAGACCAGGGCAAAAUUAUAAGGAAAAGCCAUCUUGGAUAUGGUAAUAGCGGUAAACUUAUGUCUGUUGGAUACUACACAUCUUAA